AUGGCCACUGCAAAACUCUUGAUCCCCAUCCUGAAGCCAAUCUUACCGUACAUCCCUCUUCUCCCUACACCAGUACUAUCCCUCUUUCCAUCCCUCUUACUACACAUUACCACUCAUCCUGCCCCGUCCUCGACGUCGUUUGUCUCAGCAUCGACCACACAUCCUCUACACGCUCCUCUACUAUUCACCAUACUAUCUAUACCGGUCAUCUAUACCUUAGGACUGAUCAGUGGGAACGUCAGCUGGGUAGAUAGGUUAUGGCCCUUCUACACGCCUCUAUGCACGGGAUUAUUAGUACUUUGGAUCUUUGUCAAUGAAGAAGGAGCAGUGUACGGGCAUAAUAUACCUAGAGUUGGAUUGAUGUGGGGGUUACAACUCCUGUGGUCGAUGAGACUUCUCUCUCACGCUCUCAAGAGGGAUUUCUACAACCUCAAAUCAGAAGAUUACCGAUAUACAGUCUUUCGAUCACUGGUACCCCGACCGAUAUUCAGCCUAGUUCACAUAUUCGUCAUCGCCAUUGCUCAACCGAUCUUACUAUUUAGUCUCAGUCUACCGAUAUACGCUAUCAUGUCAUUACCUCCUAGCGAGCUAGCUUCGACUUCCAGAAAUGGUAUAUCCUUUAGAUCCAUAUCACCAUUUCUUCCGGAAAGAUACAGAAAUUCUGCACCAGGCGGAACGGUCGUAUUGAACCUUGCAGAUUUGGUAGUAUCAAUACUAGCUAUUGGAUGUUUGAUCAUUGAAUAUACAGCGGAUAGUCAAAUGUACGAAUUCCAAUCUACAAAACAUAACUUGAUCAAGACUUUACCCAAAGACAAAAUCGUUCAUCCACCUCAACCUCAACCUCAACCUCUACUAACCCAAAGUAAGAGCAAACUUCCUCAACCUACGGUUUACCCUCCUUCACAUCAUCCUGGGUUCCCGACUAAGGGGAUAUGGCGAUAUUCCAGACAUCCCAAUUUCGCUUCGGAGCAGUUAUUCUGGGUUACGCAAGCUCUGUUCGUCAUUGCUGGAUCGGAUUCUAGUGGAGUGACAAGGAGAGGUGAUGCGUGUGUAUGGGCACCAUGUUUUGCGUUGAGUAUAUUAUUCUGCGCAAGUACAUUCUUAACAGAAUGGAUCACGAGUCGAAAGUUCCCCGUAUACCGCUCGUAUAGGCGAUUAGUGGGACAGUUUCUGCCUCAGGAAACGUUCUGGAUCUGGUUGGCAGGUUGUAUCGCGGGGUAUAGAAGGAAACAACUCGAAAGAGUGUAUGGGCUUACGGAUCAGAUUGAUAGGCAGAAGAGAAAGAAGGGUCAGUAG